AGUGUAGUCUUCCCGGACAGGCUGGCGCGUUGGCGCCCCGUUCUCCAGCGCCGCCCGGGAACUACAGCCGGUGGCCGGGCCGGUGUCACCCCGCUAAGAUGGCGGCUCCCUUGGUGCUGGUGAUCCUGGUGGCCGUGACGGUGCGGGCCGUGCUGUACCGCUCCAGCCUGGCCGCCUUCAUCUCCGAGCGGGUCGAAGUAGCCUCGCCUUUGAACGCCUGGAAGCGAGUGGUCGAAGGAUUAGCUCUGCUGGAUUUAGGGGUCUCGCCAUAUUCUGGAGCUAUUUUCCACGAGACCCCGCUGAUAAUAUACCUCUUUCACUUCUUGAUUGAAUAUGCUGAGCUGGUAUUCAUGAUCACUGAUGUGCUAACUGCUAUUGCCCUUUACUUGGCCAUCCAGGACUUCAACAAAGUAGUGUUUAAAAAGCAAAAGCUUCUAAUAGAACUGGACAAAUAUGCACCAGACGUGGCUGAACUCAUCCGGACGCCCAUGGAAAUGCACUACAUCCCCCUCAAGGUAGCACUAUUCUAUCUCUUAAAUCCUUAUACUGUGAUGUCUUGUGUGGCAAAGUCCACCUGCUCUAUCAACAAUACUGUCAUUGCAUUCUUCAUUUUAGCUACAAUAAAAGGUAGUGCCUUCCUCAGUGCAGUAUUCCUGGCCUUAGCAACCUACCAGUCACUAUACCCUCUCACAUUGUUUGCUCCGGCACUUCUUUACCUUCUACAGCGUCAAUUCAUACCAGUGAAACUAAAAAGUAGAAGCUUCUGGUUCUACACCAUGCAGUAUGGAGCACUGUACCUGUGCAGCCUGGUGGUGAUCAUCUGCCUCUCCUUCUUCCUCCUCAACUCCUGGGAUUUUAUCCCAUCUGUUUAUGGGUUUAUCCUUUCAGUUCCAGAUCUGACACCCAAUAUUGGCCUUUUCUGGUACUUCUUUGCAGAGAUGUUUGAGCACUUCAGUCUUUUCUUUGUAUGUGUGUUUCAAAUCAACGUGUUCUUCUACACCAUUCCCUUGGCAGUUAAGCUAAAUCCUCCGGAACAUCUUCAUCCUGUCUUGUGUGCUCAUUGUCUGCUCCCUCCUGUUCCCCGUUCUGUGGCAUCUCUGGAUUUACGCAGGAAGUGCCAACUCCAAUUUUUAUUAUGCCAUCACGUUGACUUUCAACAUAGGGCAGAUCCUGCUCAUCUCGGAUUAUUUCUAUGCCUUCCUCCGACGGGAGUACUACCUCACUCACGGACUCUAUUUGACAAGGCAAGAUGGGACAGAGGCCAUGCUUGUUUUGAAGUAAAGAUCGUGUUCACCAUUCUUGGGACGCAGACUGUUCUAAGGAACAUGCAAAGCUUGGGGUGUAUGGGGUGGGUGGGGAAGGUUCCCUGGAUGAGGUCGGACUUCAAGGAUGAUAUCUACUGAACAAAAGAGCUGAGGAAGUUCUGGGAAUACCCUCCUGAGCUGCAACAGUGAACUCAGUGCAGAGACUGUAAGAGCUGCAAGUAGGAGCCACAAUGCCUCCAUUGGAGCAUCUCCCUUCUUCCCUCAGCCAUGCUUUUUGCUGCGACCUCAGCCAUCAACUCUGGGCAGUCCAGCAGGAACUGGAGGAAGUGCCUGGGAUAAAAAUGGGGCUGAAUCUCUGGCCCAGAAAGAGCUGAGAACAUAACCUGUUUACUCUAUUGCCAUUGCUUCGUGGAGAUGUUUGUGUCUCCUGGAAAUUCCCCCUUCACUGCUUUGACCAGUAGUGUUCCUGCUUGGCACGUGGCAAUGUCUGCGCAUUAGUGCCUAAGCCCUGGCUGCAGUCAACUCAGAUGCUCUUUCUUGGUUCUCAUCCUGUUGUUGGGUCUGGAAAAAAAGCGUCUGCUUAGGCACAGUGAGAGCUUGUGAAACAAAUGGGUGACCCGUUGGAAGGAGGACAGCUUAGGCUGCUGCCAGAGACAAUAGAUAAUAGUUCAUGGUAAAGUCACCAUCCUGGAGCUCAAACCACUAGUGAGAGCUGGCAGUGGGGUGAAAGCAGGAGCAGAAUGGGUACCGGGUAGCUGGUGUGUCCCAUUGAAGCAACACAAACACUCUCAUGUUAGGAGCUGCACCGAAGCAUUACAGGGUCUCAGAAGAAGGAACACUACUGUGGAGAUAGACUCCCACUAUUCCUUUUAUCUGAGCAUUGCACAGCUUGGCAGUGCGGGACUCAAACUAUCCCCAUCAUGGUUGCUUGGGACGGCAGUUCGGGACUUGCAGUGAGUAAGCUGCCUGCCCACGCUAGGGACCAGGAGGUGUCAAAGUCUCCCCUUUAAGACCAGAAACCAAAUUCAGAAGGAGCCUCAGAUGCCACUUUUGUGGAGUUGUUGGGCUCGAGGUGUUCCACAGCAGCUUAACAAUACGAGAUAGUCACUCCCCAGUGUUAUCUUCUUGCAUGGUAUCUUGUGGCUGUGCUUGGAGGACUGCACAAAAAAACAGCAUCCCUUGGUUUCCCCCAUUCCUUCCCUUUGUAUAUGUUCAGGUCUGCUCACUUCAGAGCUUUUGCUGCUGACCCGGUGAAUGUGACUGACCUAGGGCAACCCAGGCUGGAUUCUUUCUCUGCUGGUUGCAUGUUGGCACUGAGAAGCGUUAGCUUAAACACAGUGUUGGAAGCUUUUUCACUGGUGUCUGGGCAAGAAGCAGCCAGCUUGCCCCACUGAUCCCAAGAAUUUGGAGGGCUGCUAAUUUGACAAAAUAGAAACUAUAUCUGUUACAGAGCAAUUGAAACACCAACAAGCCCAGGCCCUGCCCAGGCAGCUCAUUUUUUUUUUCUUUUCUUUCUGGACAAUAAUAACUUUUGCCUUAUUGCACUGCUAUUAGCGCUUUGUCCAGUGAGUGGGUCUGCUCCGAGUCCAGCUCAGCCCAUCCUGCACUCAGCUGCUCCUGCCUGGGGAGGCCAUGCAGCAGCUCUGCACCUUGGGCUGAGGUGGGUGGGCACUCGGAGCCAGGGCUGCUCUUGGCUGCCAUGCGUGUGUGGCAUGUCGAAGGGCACAAUAAACUGUGCAAGUUUUAA